GGCUUCCACCAAGUUUCAAUUUUCUUCAGUGAAGAGUAGGUCUGUAGGGAUCAAGUAUGAGUGGUAUGGAUCACCAGGCUACAGUGGAUAAUAGGGGAUUAAGAAUGAAAAUAAAACGUACCAAAAAUAUGGGACCUACAAGCAACAAAAGCGACACCAAGCACGAAAUUGUCAAACCCGGAGAAGCUAAAGCAGCACAUGGAUCAUCUUCCUCAUCAUCUGCCUCUUCGUCGUCAACAGUUACAGAUGGAAUCUCACCAGCUAACGGGUCUACUGUGGAUAAGUCAAAACUGUCUACAGCCACUGACAGGGACAAAUCUCCAAAGGUGAAAAAUUUGCACAAAAGAGAACGUAGCAAAGAGAAAAUGAGUAAGGAUUGUAAUGCUACAUCACUGUCCUCUGUUUGUUCACUUGAUGUGCCAUUUUCUCAAGUUUCUUUGGAACCUAACCAGGCAGAAGUUCCGCAGGGGAAAAAAGAAAACCUUCUACCUGAUCCCUAUGAGUUUAAUGCUAAAGUGGAGGACGGUAUUGGUUUUCCUGUUAAAAAGAUAAAAAGUGAAAAGAAUGAUGCAUCUACCUCGUCCAACUCUCAGACACAGAGUUUGACCAAUGCCAGUACGGAGACCUGUAGUAUAGGUGUCUCUACUGAUUCUGAAUUCCUCGGACCAUGUGAACCUGGAACCAGUGUCACCCUUGAAGGAAUUGUGUGGCAUGAAACUGAGAAUGGAGUGCUGGUUGUCAAUGUGACUUGGAGAGAUAAAACUUAUGUAGGAACACUGCUAGAUGCUACCAAGCAUGACUGGGCUCCUCCAAGGUUCAACUGCGAUUCUCCGGUCAGUGAGUUUGAGACCAGAACCCCUAAAGGGAGAGCCAAAAGGGGAAGAGGUUCUGCUUCUACAACACCUGUCAAUGAAAAGGGGCCAGAAGGACGAAAACUUCGCAAAGGACGGAAGGGGAGCAACACAUUUCAGGCCCCACCCAGUCCUGCUAAGUCUGAACCUUCAGUAUCAGGUGGAAUGAAACGGAAAGGACGUCCCACAGAUAUAGAUUUAUCAGCGGGCAUGACUAAACGCAGCAGGUCAUGUUCACAGGGUAAUCAAGGCACGGAAAGUCCUGUUUCCACCUUGAUUGAAUGUCCAGAGCCAAAUUGUGGUAAAAAAUACAAACAUCCAAAUGGACUGAAAUAUCAUCAAACACAUGCCCACCAGAGUUCGGGGGUCACAACUGAUGUGGAUGAGGACACAAGGGACACUUGUGAUAAUGUGGAUGAUGAUGUGGAUAGUAGUAUUGCUGAUCCCUCUGAAGCCCCAGACUCCAGCUCUACCAAGUUGGGCAAGUCUGCUGAGGCAAUGGAGGAAGAGAACAAGAAAGAGGAAGAAGGUGCUAAAUCAGAUAGUGAGAAUAUGGAGGAUGUAGAAGUUGAUGUGAAUGGAGACACACCAAAGACAGAUUCAGUAGAGAAAAAAGAACCUGUUGUGACUACUAGUGUUCCUGUAAAUAAAAAUGCAGGUGGGAAAGCAAUAACUAGUAUACCAUCAGGGAAUGCCUUCCAGAUUGUGUCUAAGCAACAUAUUGCAUCUCCUACAUUCGGAGGGGUUGGUUUGCUUUCUCAAAGUCCACUACAGACUGGGUCUUUACCCAGUGGUCAGGUUUUGCCACUAGUCACGGCAGUAGCAACCACCAAUCCUAUUCAAACAGGGAGCACUCUCACUGUAGCAGCUAUAUCUGCUUCAACACAGCCUUUGGAUCUUAAAACUGAAUCGUCUAAAACUGAAAAACCAAUUCGCCCAAAGAUUAGUCAUAUUAUGCCACAGAUUGUUGCCCUGACAACCACUGUGUCAGUUACCCACACUAAUGCAUCACCUGUCACCACAUCCAACUUACAAGGUACCUCUCAGCUAAUUCCAAUACAGCCAAAACCAACUCCCCCAGGGGAGACAGCAGCACCAACCCCAUCAUUCCUGGGUCUUAAUAGGGACAGGAAACUGAAACAGAAGAAACGAGACAAAGUGAAAGAGAAAGAAUCUCCUUUGGUUGGUCCACCAAUAAGUCAGAGCUUAGCCGCUGCACCAAUGAGGACUGGUAAAGUGGAACCAUUAAAAAAUGAACAACAAAGUGCAGGAGUCAUUAAAGUGGCUCCGAUUAUAGCUAGCAAACCUAUGGAUCAUAAUAAAUCAGAAACUUCUACAAUAACAAGUGCUCCAAGACUUGACCGAAUGGACAAGCCCUUGUCAUUGUCCACUUCAGGUGCCAAUGUUGGUGUGGUGACUGCCCAAGUGCAGCCCUCCCCCAAAGGGGUGGACCUGUCACAAACGCGACCAAUAGAUACUCCCAGUAUGUUGAAGGUGAACCCAUCUCUGGCUGCUCUUGAUAGCAGGUCAAACAGAAAUGAAGAAGUACAGAGUCCCUCAUACUAUUCAGACAUUUCAGAGGAGUCGGGAUCUCCAGCAACUCAUACCCAAAGUGAAAGCCCUCAGAAAAACAAGGAUGAGGGCUUAACAAAAAAUAGAGACAAUGCCCCAAAUGUGCCAAACAUGCCCCCGUCCCAACCUUCAGUGAUGGAUAGCCAGUCUGUUCCCCCUUACAUGUAUGGCUCCUACUAUGGGCAGUCAGCCACGCCUUACCUACUGUCACCACAGAAUAUGUCAUCUCCAGUCGGCACAAGUUCUGGGCCAAACACGCCUUCGCAGCAGCCACCACCCCAUCCUCACCAUCCAUCACAACAGCCCCAUCCUCAUCACCCAUCACAACCACAUAUAAGUUCACAGACACCUAACAAGGACAGAAACACUCCUUCAGAACAAUCCAAACCUGAUUCAAAACUUAAACGAGAUGAUUCCAAAGACUCUGAUGGCAAAGACGAUCGUGGAGAUAAAGGUGAAGGUCGUGGAAUGACGCAGCAAGAGUACCAACACAUGCAGCACCAAAAAUGGGUCCAACAACAGAUGUACGCCCUGCAGAUUCCACCGCAUGCUCAGUACCAGUUCCUAGCAACAUACGGACCCUACUUUGACAAUGCCUACCAUAUGCAUAUGAUGUCUAAUGAUGCCUUGUAUCGGCAACACCAUGAGCAGAAGGCUGUUGAGGAGGAAAAGAAUCGUGGAGAUGGGGAUAGGAAAGAGGGAGAUAAGCCCAUGCUCAGGCCAUCUACCUCCACAGACAAUGGUUUAAGUCAGAGUGGGGAUGGUGUAUCUAGUAGAGGACCUAUGCCUCCAGGGGACGGUCACCAUGGACACAAAGAGGGCGACCACAAAAGGACUGCCUCAGAAACACUGUCAGAGAGGGAGCUUAAAGAAAAGAGCAUGCGAGAAAAGCAAAAUGAGAACCAUCAAAUCAUUAAGGAAAAUCUAGAUCUCAAAGAUCAAAUGGAUAGAAGUAGACUAGACCAAAGAUUUGAUCCCAUGUAUGGACGUGAUAAUUCACGUGAUAAAACCAGUGAGGAACAGCGAAGGAUACAAAUGUAUCGACAGCAGGCAAUGAUAAGACAUCAGAAGCGGGAGGAACAGCAAAAGAAAUUAGGUGAUGGUAAUAAAUAUGAACACAGACCUUCUGAUUCUAAAUCCUCAGUCAUUAAUCAGGUCAGCAACAGCAGUGGGGGGGCUGAGGGCAGACCAAGGGACCACUCAAUAGGGUCAGAGGCAGGCAAAUCUAAAAUGGAAAUAAAACGAGAACCAGAAGAUAAAGGGUUCAGAGACCCUAGUGAUGCAAGUGAUCCAAAAGUAUCAAGUGGUGACAAAAAUAAGUCAUUAACAUCAUCAUCUUCUUCCUCUUCAUUAGAUAGGAUCAGAGGACAUGACACCCCAAAGGGUAAACCUGGGAGUCGAGUGUCCAGCCCUCACACACCCUCUUCCAACCCCUCCAGUUUAAUUCCCUCAUCAAUGACUGCCACAGGCCCUAACGGGCCUCCCUACCCAGCCUACAUGUACCCUAGUCAGUAUAUGCAGUCUUCAAUGUAUGGACAAAUGCCGUUUGAGCCCACCCACCCAAUGUAUCGUGGGAUGAAUCCAAUGAUGUAUGGUGCUUAUCUUCAUCCAUCACAAAUUCCUCCAUAUCCUGUCAAUAUGGAAAUGGAUGAAAAGGAGAAAAUUGGUUUGGUACAGAAAUUAGCUCCUACAGAAAGUGAGAGUAAAUUAACAGACCCUAGCCAUGGACCUCUCUAUCACAGCAGCUCUGCACCAAGUGCUACAAAUAAUAGUGCAAGUGGUAUAAACAAGGCAAAUAGUGGCCAUAAAAUUCAUGAACUUCAGGAAAAGACUAGGUCAAGUCCCCACAGGGCUUCACCAGUGUCUGUUGGUAAAUCUGAUGGACCACCCACCCCCACCCAUUCCAUAGGGCCAGUGGACAAGAACCGCGAGUACAGCAGUUCUCCACCAACUCAGAGGCAUGUUCACACCCACCAUCACACCCACGUCGUGGAGGCUGCAUACCCUGUCAGUUACUACCCAGGUAUGUUCCCCGGUGCUAGUCAACAGAAGUCCCCUCCUGCUGCGACAGUCCAACCUCAGCCAGGCCAUCCUUCGUAUCCACCACCAAAGUGAAGUUUGUAACAGAUAGUGAUUCAUGGAUAACGGGACACCACCUUCCCAUGGCCAGUUAGAUUGAAGUUUGUUUCAAGCUAUGUGAUUGGUGGGUGCUUGCAGUAUUCUUAUUGAUCUGUGCCAAUUUGAAGUGAGGAUUAUAAGUGUCAUCAGUCCACACUUGACCAAUGUUCAGUGGUUUUUGCCAGUAGGUCAAUAAGGGAUUGAUGGAAACAUUUCCUACUGUAUAUACAGUUGCAGCAGUAAACUAAGCGUCUACCCCAAGGUUUAUGUUACACCAAAUCAACAAUAACAAUUAUGUAAAAACCCAUGUGAUAGAUAGAUAUCACUACAAAGUCCAUUUGUAAAGAGCUGUUUCAUUGGUUGGACAUUCUGAUUGUCCCAAGUCAAAUGUGAAUCAACAGUUUAGAUUGGGGAACAUUUAUUUCAAACAGAAAUUUUAUGUUGAAAAUGUGUAUGUUGAACAUGUGUAUGUUGAGGAUGUGAGAAAUGUUCAGGAAGUGAAUGUGUUUUUUCUCUUAUGUUUACUUUGUCUGAUCAGCUCAGCAAAGCUCUCUUGUUUACCUGGUCAGUAGGUACCAAUAAGGACAGUGAGGCUCUCUUGUUUACCUGGUCUGUUGGUACCGAUACGGACAGUGAGGCUCUCUUGUUUACCUGGUCUGUAGGUACCAAAAAGGACAGUGAGGCUCUCUUGUUUACCUGGUCUGUAGGUACCAAUACGGAAAGUGAGGCUCUCUUGUUUACCUGGUCUGUAGGUACCAAUAAGGACAGUGAGGCUCUCUUGUUUACCUGGUCUGUAGGUACCAAUAAGGACAGUGAGGCUCUCUUGUUUACCUGGUCUGUAGGUACCAAUCAGGACAGUGGGGCUCUCUUGUUUACCUGGUCUGUAGGUACCAAUCAGUACAGUGGGACUUUCUUGUUUACCUGGUCUGUAGGUACCAAUUAGUACAUUGAGGCUCUCUUGUUUACCUGGUCUGUAGGUACCAAAAAGGACAGUGAGGCUCUCUUGUUUACCUGGUCUGUAGGUACCAAUCAGGACAGGGGGUAUCUCUUGUUUACUUGGUCUGUAGGUACCAAUCAGGACAGUGGGGCUCUCUUGUUUACCUGGUGUGUAGGUACCAAUCAGGACAGUGAGGCUCUCUUGUUUACCUGGUGUGUAGGUACCAAUCAGGACAGUGAGGCUCUCUUGUUUACCUGGUGUGUAGGUACCGAUCAGGACAGUGAGGCUCUCUUGUUUACCUGGUCUGUAGUUAUCGACCAGCACAACAAGGUCCUCCUGUUUACCUGGUCUAUAGGUUCCAAUCAGCACAACAAGGCUUUCUGACAGUGUUUUCUGGUCAGUUCAUGUCUUUGAUAAGUCCCAGGUAAGCAGAGGUUCGAUCUAUGUCACAGUCCACUGGUUGUGUGUCAGCCAGUGCUAUCAGUUUUCUAGUUCAUUGCUAUUUUAAUCAAAAUUGUACUUUUGUAUACUUGAAAAAUCCUUUCUGUGUAAGUAUACAUUAGGUUUAAGAGCCUGGUGGAUGUUGCAGUCUCUGGGUUGGCUUGAGAGUCUCUGUUAGGUCAGAUUUCCCCUAUUUACCUUCACUUGUGCUGAAAUAGGAAAGCCAUUCUGUCAUCAUGUACAAAAUAUUUUUAAAUAUUAGGAAAGAAUGUAUUGGGCACUUUUGAUAUGUGUAAACUUUAGUCUUUAGCAUUGCACCGUGCCAAACAGUAGUUAUAUUCUCUUUGCAUUUCAUUAAAUUUUGAAUGGCAAAAUGACAUAGCAUAGAAGUGGGAGACUUGAAUGUUCAGAGCAUAAAGAUUUAGUCCUAUUUUUACUUAUAUUGUGAGAUGUGGUGUACACAUAUAUCUCUAGCCAAACUGCCCACAUGUGAUAUUUUCGCGAGACUUGUGAGGAUGUGUGUGGUCUUCAUCAAUCAUGGGGUGUAAGUGAACGUUUUUCAUGUAUGACUACGGACCAAACAGAUGACUUAUGAAAUGUACAAGAUAAAUAUUUGCCGAUACAAUAGUAUUGGUUGUAUAAAGGUUUGUAGUGGUCUAUCUAUGCUUAUGAGCACACUGAAGUAUGAAGUUGUCAAAGUACAUGUUGGGUUCUUUUUUUAGAACUAAAGACAAAAUGAUUUUUUUUAUCUUACCUAGUUUGAGCAAAAAAUGGGCAUGGAUACGCUUAUAGAAUUGCAAUUUAAAAUCCAAAUGUGUGGUUUUUUUAGGUAACUUUAUCUUUUGCAAUAUAUAUUAGUCCAUCCACUUAGAACUGAAUACUUUUAUUACUUAGUACAGGAAUGUGUUUUAUAUAUGCAAAUGAACCAAACGAGAAUUGUGAAUCUCAUGUCUUGCCCUUUUUUUUAUACCAUUUUCUCAAAUUAAGUUAAAAUAGAUCUUUACUUUUAAGUUGUGAUACUAUCUAUUAGUACUGGAAAAUACCAAAUUAAGAUGAAUCAGGUAUUCAAAUUCUCCAAACAAUUCUAGAUUUAAGAGCACAAAAAAAAAAAAAUGCCUUUACAGAGAUAAUGUAAAACCAAGAAAUUUUACCUACUUAUUGCACAGGAUUUUGUGAGUGUCUGUUGUUCUCUAGGUUAUAUCCACAGCUGAAGUGUACCACAGUAGGAUGUUUUCAAGAGCAACAUUGUUACUGAACAACAUAUAUUAAUUCAAAAUAUUUAAAUGUGUAAAGCAAGCUGUUUGUAAAAUAGGAUUACAAAUUGAUCAAUAGUAGUAAAACUAUUUAGAUUAUCAUUUAUGUAAAUUAAAUUUUUGUAAAAGUCGGAAUGUCUUAUCCUUACGGUCUUAUUUCUAAUACACAUAUUUCUUUACAACCAUUAUGAUAACUGUUAUUUAGUGGUAUUUCCCUAUGCAGGGCAUUUACUGGGUGCCAUUGUUUUCAUGCAACAGAAUAGUCUUUUUUUAAUUUGCAAUAUAUUUGAAUGUUCUAAAGGUUAGCUACGUAUAUAUUCUUGUCUGUAGACAGACAGUGAUUGGUCGGGCAGUAGAUUUUAUAGUAACCAAGUGUGUAUGACUAAUUAUAAAUCAAAUUGAUAAGGGCAUGUUAGUUUCAAGUAAAAGCUAAGAUUGAGUGUUGUGUGCUAGUCCGAAUGCUGGACGUGUGGUCUUCAUGGUAAUGACCUUGACCUUUAUGACCUCUGGAAAAGUUGUACGGGACCCAGUGAUUUCUCAUGUAUAGUGAGUUUUAGUUGUCCAUUCUGUUGAUGGUAACGUGAACAACUAUUGAUCUACUGUUGGGUGCUAUCUAUACAUUGUCUACCUUUAUUUUCUUUGUAUUCUAAGUCAUUCCAAAGAUUACUUACAAGUAUAUAAAAAUUUUUUUAUAGACAGUGUGAUGGCCUGCUAGUGUUUUAAUGGAACAUCAUAUUAUCUAGAGGUUAAUUGUGCCUGAACUUUGUGUAACAAUAGCUAAAACUCUUGGGAAUACAGAAUUAAAACAUUCACUUGAUCACAGGUUUACCUAAAAAGAAAGAUUUAAAAUCUCAUAAUUUUCUAAUGAUAAAUAACCUAUUUUCAUUGGUAUAAAUGAUUUUCUGAAAAUGAUAUAUCAAAGGUUUCCAUGGAAACCUAGAGCAGGCAUAAUUCUUUCUCUGCAGCUCACAUACAGGCUUGUGUAUGUUAUUAUUUUUAAAUCAAAAUUUCUGAUUUCGUUUGUAAUGAAUGGUGUCAGUUUAUACACUGCUGUUGUUGCUAUGAUGUUUCUGCUACCUCAUCACAUGGUUCCUAAUGCUUCAGUAUUUCUCACGUCCUUUAGCUUAGCACUGGCGAUGUUGUACCAGUCAUCCACACCAUAAACAAAACUGUGAGUUUAAAUUUCUGUUCUGCAAUUCUUUCAAAUUUCUUCAGAACUUUAUUGGAAAAUUAAUUUUCAAAUUCAACAUUCUGGCAGAUGUGUUUUCUUCUUGUGCAUAUGAUUGUCUUAUCUCCUCCUGGCCCUGUUUGAUUCUCAUUGGAUUCAGCAAUAUUCCAAAUUUAGAAACUGAAUUUGAUAUUUUGUAUACUGCAUUGCACUUUCUAUAAAGGAAAUUUUCUAAGAAUUUUGUUCAAAAGCAAAUAAAAAUGCCAGUGUAUAUGAUAAAUUUGUUGUCAUAUGUCAUUUUAAGAUAUAUGUAUGCGUAGCAAUAAUGGUCUUUGUUUUCAUACUACAAUUAUUGAAAUGUGUCCAAUACUGUGCUGUUUUCUAUUGGAAAUAUGUAAAUAUGUAGAACUUUAGUAUAUAAGCACUGUUGAUAAAUGUCUGUCAUGGAAAUGAAGUUGUACAAGACUGUGUAAACAUUGUUUGUGCAGGUAUCAAGGCUGUUAUUAUUUUCACUGUUUUACUGAAAGCUUGAAGUAAAAAGGAUGUAUUUUCCAUGAAAGUUAUAAAAAGAGCUUUGGUUUUCUCUACAAGUUUUAUUUCCAAGGUAUUUUGUGAUUUUAUUCCUUGGAAAAAGGCCAAAACUGGAACCCCUUGAAUUACAACUUUCACAGUACUUUUUUUCCUUCUAGUUUCAGGAAAUGAAUUUAGCAGUUCUAUAAUGAAUUGUGUCCAAUAUGUAAGAUACAGGAUAGGCAGGUGUUUUCAGAUGUCCAUUUACAAUCAAAAAGAUGAAAACAGAUAAUGUUUCUGUUGAUAUUGUACAGCUAGUAACUGCAACAUUUAUGUACAUCAGAGAUAGCAAGGGAGGUAAAUCUUGGUCAUACAACACUCCUCAGUGGAAGUUGUCAUGAGAAUACUAGUUGGGAUGUAAAUAUAUGCCAAUACAUCCCAACAGGAGUUGAGAUUUACGAGAGACCUACAAUUUAUUGUUUACCUUCAGUAUUGAUGUAAAGGGUUUAUGUAUACAUACAGACUACUGCUACACACACGUUGUUAAUGUGUACACAUCUGUAUUUAACGGUGCAAGCUCUGUACCAAACUUGUACAUGUUUUGAUACCAUAUGCUAUAUGUUAACACAACAAAAAACUGUGAGAGAGGGUACCUGUAAAUUGUAUAUAUCUUCAUGUCAAGAUUAAUGUAAUGAAUGAGAAUCAAUCAUUGUGUUUGGUGGGACAGAGUUUACAUAUUGUGCUGAGUAUGGAUGUAUGGAUGUAUCAUAGGGCUGCUUGUGUGUUCAUUUUAAGUAUGUGUGCACUUGGGAGGGUCUGCAGCCAGUUAAAGUCAUGUCUCUAUCCUGGCUAGUGGUCACCUAUAUAUAUAUCUCUACUGUGUAGCCACUAAAGACAGUGCUGCAGUGUAUAACAUGGCUUUACUCUCAGCAAAGGCUCCUCUCUGGCAUUUUAUACAUGAAUAAAUAACUAUAAAUAUCAACUAGU